GUAUCUCUCGCGAGACUUCACCCACCUCUGUCUUUUCCUCCUUCCAGCGCCCGGCUUUCUUCCCCUCCCCCUCACCGCCGACCGAGUUUUUUAUUUUCAGACAGAGUCGCCUUGUCGCGAAGGAUUUUUUUUACUGCUGCUGUUGCUGCUACCACCACCACCCCUGGGCUAAUUUGCCCUGACCCUUUCCCGCCGCCCUGCCCCCAACCCCACACAAGAUGUCAGAAGAUUUAGCAAAGCAGCUGGCAAGCUACAAAGCUCAACUCCAGCAAGUUGAAGCUGCAUUAUCUGGAAAUGGAGAAAAUGAAGAUUUGCUAAAAUUGAAGAAAGAUUUACAAGAAGUCAUAGAACUAACCAAAGACCUUCUGUCAACUCAACCUUCUGAAACUCUUGCAAGUUCAGACAGUUUUGCUUCUACUCAGCCCACUCAUUCAUGGAAAGUAGGAGACAAGUGUAUGGCAAUCUGGAGUGAAGAUGGACAGUGUUAUGAAGCGGAGAUUGAGGAGAUAGAUGAAGAAAAUGGCACCGCUGCAAUCACCUUUGCUGGUUAUGGCAAUGCUGAAGUGACUCCACUGUUGAACCUCAAGCCUGUAGAAGAAGGAAGGAAGGCAAAAGAGGAUAGUGGCAACAAACCCAUGUCAAAAAAAGAAAUGAUGGCCCAGCAGCGUGAAUAUAAAAAGAAGAAGGCUUUGAAAAAAGCACAGAGAAUAAAAGAACUUGAGCAGGAAAGAGAGGACCAGAAGGUGAAAUGGCAACAGUUCAACAACAGAGCCUAUUCUAAAAACAAAAAAGGCCAGGUAAAGAGGAGUAUUUUUGCUUCACCUGAGAGUGUAACGGGCAAAGUUGGAGUAGGAACUUGUGGAAUUGCUGAUAAACCUAUGACGCAAUAUCAAGAUACUUCUAAAUACAAUGUUAGGCAUUUGAUGCCUCAAUAAUCAGAAAAACUGUUGGAUUUCAUCUCUGCAGGGCUUUACAUUUACCUUUUUAUCCUUAUAUUUUUCUAAAGGUAAAUUAUUUGUUAGAUGAGUAAGGAAGAUACCAUUGUUGUCACUGUUUGACUUCAAUAGAAUGAAACUUGAAGAAAUUGAAUUUGAUAACUGCUAUUCAUUUAACUUUUUUCAUUACUACUACCACAGUUCCCUCAAACUUUGUUGAAUAAAGCGACUUUUCUAGAUGCUGCUUAGUACAGCACUUGGAUGAAUUGUUGAUCUUCCUAUUAUCAGGCCCCCACUUAAUCUAUGGUAUAUACUUUUUUGUAAGUCAUAACUUGGAAUUUUCAGAUGCUUUGAACUUGAUUCAUAUUCUAGCAAUUCAUUGAAACAUCAAGGCAAAACAACAACCCGCUAAAGAGAUCUUUACCGUUUUUUUAAUCUUCAACUUUAAAACCUAGCUUUUGUCCAGUUCAGCCUAAAUAUAGGUUAAUUUGUAAAUGGCAAAGUUUGUUUUGAGGUUUUUCCUUCAAUACUUUGUUUCCUAGGCCUAUUAUGCCAUCACUAAAGUUGAUCCAACUUUUAUUUUUAUUCAAGUUUUAGUUUUAUGUAAGAAACCAUGUUUAGGAUGAACUACCUUUUCUAAGGUAUUUUUGUUUUCUGUAUGUUUGCUUUUUUCCUGUGUUGAUUUUUCACUUAGUUGUGGUACCAUGUUUUGGAUGUGUAAUGUUUAUAUGGGAAGACAAAAAGCUGAUGUAUAGCCCUGUAUACAGUGUAGAUACUAUUUUUGUAAAAAAAAAAACAAAAAACAAGGCUAAAUUAAUGAACAAGAGUACUGAAUGUUUCAUCAUUAAAAUUUCUUGUAUUUCUUGUGCAUUAAUCUGACCAUAAUUUUCCUGUAUAUUAUGUUCAUGUAGCUGAGUUUAUAAUUUUUAACUAGAUCAAGUCAGCAUUUGUUGGUGUAAGUGAACAUCACAGUUACUGUCAGUUGAGUUUAAGCCAAAUACAUGCAUAGAAAAGGGUCUUCCUAUUAAUGGAAGAAGAUUUUUAGGAUGUAUGUUAAUUUCAGUUUUGUAUGUUUAACUUUUAUUAAAUAAAGUGUUUUUAAAAUCUCCA